AAUCGCGGCUUUUGGGACUGUCAGCUGGCCGCCAGUCUUUCUAACUUCAGACAAGCUUCUUUCCGAACCCGAACAACAUACUUAUUCCCCUAUAUAUUUAGAUUAUACAUAUAUUAACCCUAGGCAUCCAGGGGCUCAUGCAACUAAUACUGCGAUUUAAUUCAAACCUUUCGCCUUAUAUAGGGUGGUUAUAGUGGCCAGAAUGAGAACUUUGGUCGAAGCGACUAUACGAUGGCAAGAAACCCUUAAGUAUAGUACCAGCCUUACAGAUCUACAGCGAGCUGUUAAAGACAAUGGCCCGAGCAGCCCCUGUAUUUCGGGAUGUAGAUCCAUCUGCUGGAAGGCCUUCCUGUUAAGCCAGAGUACCGAUCCUACAAGUUGGACCAAUACUAUGUUAGAGUCACGAGGGACAUAUGCUUCAUUGAGAGAUCACUACUUGAAAUACAUUAAGAAUCCUGAGUAUCUCACAACUGUGUCCUCUGAUCCUUUAGCAGAUGAUGCCAAUUCUCCUUGGAAUACCUUUCGCCAUGAUGAAGCUUUAAGGGCCGAAAUCCUUCAGGAUGUUCAACGGCUACCAGAUGAGCCAUUCUACCAUCAAACUCAUAUACAGACGCUCAUUCUAGAUGUUCUUUUCAUAUAUUGCAAGCUCAACCCUGUCAUAGGCGGAUACCGUCAGGGUAUGCAUGAGCUUUUGGCGCCUAUUGUCUAUGUCGUAGAGCAGGAUGCUAUCGACUCAGCUAAUGUCGCCUCCGACCCCUCGGCAGACCCCAGAAUGUUAGAAAAUUUAGACUCCUCGUUCGUUGAACACGAUUCCUUCGCUAUUUUCUCUAGGGUUAUGGACCAAGCAAGACCUUUCUACGAAGUAGGCGAGUCUUCAGCAAAUCUCUCUCACACAACGUCGGAUCAGCGUUCUCCAACGUCCUCUAUCGUCGAAAAAAGCCAGUAUAUACAUGAAGUUUGUCUAUAUAAAGCGGAUCCGGAACUCUCAACUCAUCUCAAAAAUAUUGAAAUUCUACCCCAAGUAUUCUUAAUCCGAUGGAUCCGUCUCCUAUUUAGUCGCGAAUUUCCGUUUGAUCAGACACUUGUACUUUGGGAUACUCUCUUUUCGGUAGAUCCUUCGUUUCAAUUGAUAGACCUGGUUUGUACAGCGAUGCUAAUUAGAAUUCGGUGGGAUCUCCUUAAUGCUGAUUACACGGUGGCGUUGCAACUGUUGCUCAGGUAUCCGCCUCCGCAACCGAGUCACGGUCCCCAUACGUUUGUCGAUGAUGCGGUCUAUUUAAAAGAUCAUUUAGAUCCGGUUGGGGGCUCUACACUAAUAGUAAAGUAUACUGGAAAGCCCCCUUCGCCGUCGGGAACAGCUUCGGGCGCGUCUACCCCGAAGAGCUCAACCUCCAAUAUAAGGCGAAGAUUGGCUGGUGCCAGAUCGCCUCUCUCCCCCUCUCGCUUCAAGCCACCCCAGGCUAGCAUGGAAGCUCUAUUUCAAGGCGCGGCUAAGAACGUCCUUGAAAGGGGAGAGAAGCUCGGCAUUAACCAAGCAGUGCGCGAUGCUAUGGUGGAAAUACGUCGUAAUGUCCAAGAAGCUAAGAGCUCUAUGAAGGCCAGUCGUGAUCAUUUUGCCGAACCGGGGUCCAGCAACACAGCAGUACGAGCCGUAGCGAUGUUCGAUCGGAGGAAUAGGCGGCUAGCGGCCUUGUUGGAGGAACCGAUCUCGUCUUUAAAGAAUCUCUCGAGCUCUGAUCUAGAAGACAAACAGAAAGUCCAAGAUGCUCUUGAAAUCGCCGCCGCAAGGAUACAGUUUAUCAAGAUCUAUCUGGAGGAUUCCACCAUAGCUCUUCCAGAUGAAGAAGAGCCCGUAUCGUCAAUAUCUCCAGGGACACCGUCCAGCAGCGAUCUUAAUACCGACCCGGGGCCGCCGCUAAGCGACGCUGUUGCCGCGAUGGCUCUCAAUCCACCCGUGUCCGCAACUGAGGUCCAAAAUAUUGAGGGCGCAAACUCCCCAUCGGCCGAUCCACCUAUAGCAGACCCGGAUAAAAUGGACACCGACGAUCCCCUAGACUCCGGAACAUCGUCGACACUAGUAGAUAAAACGACAGAGCGUCCACAAGCACCUGUGCCAACACGAUCAAGCCUCGCGCAAUCUUCCUUCUCCUGGAUGCUGGAGUCCGAUAGCUCGUCCUCAUCACAGAAACCGCCCAUCUUCCCGUCGAAAUCAACCGGCUCGCAUCGCAAGAGGCCGUCCGCGAAUGCGAGCCACGAGCGCACGGCGUUCCUAUUCGGGGAAGUAUCCGCUGACGAGAGCGGGCAGGCCGUACUGCCUGAAAAUAUAUUCGACCUGGAGGAGAUGCGGAAGUCGAAGACGUGAACUAAUCUGGGCUUGGAGUUGUUUCAGCCAGAUAAAUAUACCAUAUCUAGAUGUAUUAAGAUUGAUGUUGCUAUAUGAUAUGAAUAUAUGAAUAGGCGUGUUUUGCUAUACAAUUCAUGUUGUAUGUGAUAUUACGUCACCAGGGGAUCUGGUGCAGUCUUUCAACAUAUACUU